AUGAAUUUACAAAGUGAAGUGUUUGUGAAUGCAAGUGUUAGGUUAACUGAUGCUCAGUUGGCUUCAUUGGAUUUGUUUAAAGGUUAUCCGGAUGGAUUGCUGAAAUUUGCUACAGCCUCUUGCAUUAUAUUCAUGCUAGUUGGAAUACCAGGAAAUAUUAUAACAAUCGUCGCAUUGGCGCGCUACGAAAAAAUACGAAAUGCAACAGCGAUAUUCAUCAUGAACCUAUCCUGUUCGGAUUUGCUUUUCUGUUGCUUUAAUCUGCCGCUCGCCGCUUCUACCUUUCAUCGACGAGCUUGGGUCCAUGGCCACCUUCUCUGCAAAAUGUUUCCUCUCACAAGAUACGCACUAGUUGCAAACUCGUUGUUCACCGUGCUAUCAAUAACUAUAAACAGAUAUGUAAUGAUUGCUCACCCAAAAUUAUAUACCAAGUUGUACAAAAAGCGGAACAUAAUUAUAAUGAUAGUUUUUACAUGGAUGUUUUCUUUUGGAAUCAUGAUUCCUAUUUUACUUGAAAAAUAUGGUCGAUUUGGGUUGGACCUGAACAUUGGAUCCUGUUCUAUUUUGAAUGAUUAUAAGAAUAGAUCUCCUAAGAAGUUUCUGUUUCUAACUGCAUUCAUUUUACCUUGUAUAGCAAUAAUAUUAUGUUAUACAAGAAUAUUUUUCAUCGUCAGAAAGGCGACUAAAAAAUCCUUAAAUACUCAGAAACAAGUACCUAACCAAGAGGAAUCUUCUUCAGCUGAUUUGUCAACAUCUAUAUCAGUACGUGUCACUGGUGAGACUAGCUGCAAUUAUAACGUGGAGCCAAUCAAUAAUACUAAAACAUCACUAAAAAAUAUUUUUACCAAUGACCGUUCGACUACAUUUAAUAUGGAAAUGUCAGACAAUAUUAUACGACAUCCAGAAGAUAUAGGCAAAGAACCUUCUAGACUUCGGCGAACAGCGUUAAGAAAAUCUAUGGCUCUUCUUAAAAUGUCUCUCCCAAGCCGUAAGGAUAGACGUCUAGGAACAAUGAUAAUUGCUAUUAUGAUAACAUUCUGUUUAUGUCAUUUACCAAUAACAAUAAUCAAAAUGGUACGUGAAAUAAACCCAUACCCAGUACCAAACAUUAUAGCCUACAUUCUCUUGUAUUUGUCAUCGAGUAUAAAUCCCGUCAUAUAUGUCGUUAUGUCGAACGAGUAUCGUAAGGCUUAUAAAAAUCUAUUCAAACGGAGAAAGAAUUCGCUCUCUAUAAAUAAAAUCCAUUGUAACCGUAAAUAA